GCGGAGGGCUAUCCCAAAGCCGAAAGGUGAGCCCCGAGACACUUAGAUCUCUCAUGGCUCGUCUCCCACCUUUUCUCUUGCUCCUCGCAGCAACUUGUGCGGCGGUAGCGAACGCGCAGCUGUCGGAGAACUACUACGGUUCUUCUUGCCCCGCGGCGCUUCUCACCGUCAGGACAACCGUGGCGACGGCGGUGCUGCUCGACCGCCGCAUGGGCGCCUCCCUUCUCCGGCUAUACUUCCACGACUGCUUUGUGCAAGGGUGCGACGCGUCGGUGCUGCUGGACGACACGCCCAGCUUCACCGGCGAAAAGGGGGCGGGGCCGAACGCAGGGUCGCUGCGCGGCUUCGAGGUGAUUGACAGGAUCAAACUGCUGCUGGAGCUGAUUUGCCCGCGGACCGUCUCUUGCGCCGACAUCCUCGCCGUCGCUGCCCACGACGCCGUCGUCGACGUGACAAUCAGUACUACGUGCUUUGUUGGGCUUCCUGCGCAGCUAGGGGGGCCAUCAUGGACGGUUCUACUUGGGAGGAGGGACGCCACCACCGCAAGUGCGUCCUUGGCCAACAGUGACCUCCCCGGCCCCAACUCCAACCUUAAUGAUCUCCUCGCCGCUUUCUCCAAGAAGGGAUUAAGCAGCACCGACAUGGUUGCUCUCUCAGGGGGGCACACCAUCGGCCGGGCGCAAUGCCAGAAUUACCGAAACCGGAUCUACGCCGACACCGACAUCGACGGGACCUUCACGGCGUCGCUGCGAGGCGACUGCCCACAGGGUGGUGGCAACGACGGCAACCUCGCGCCUCUCGACGCGUCCUCGCCCGACUACUUCGACAACAGCUACUUCUCCGGCCUCCUCAGCCAUCGGGGGCUGCUCCACUCCGACCAGGCGCUGUACGACGGCGGCUCCACGGACGGUCUGGUUAGCAGCUACGCGUCCAACAAUGAUCAGUUCGGCAGCGACUUCGCGGCCGCGAUGGUGAAGCUGGGCAAUCUCGGUGUGCUCACGGGGGCGUACGGUGAAAUCAGGGUCAACUGCCGGGCGGUAAACUGAGGAUAGAUCCUGGGUAUCCAUCUUACAAAAUGAACUUUGUCCGUUACGGAAACGGGAAGUGAGACUGGGUCUUUAUGUACAUGCACUAUGUACCGAGUUAAAUGCAUUGGUUCCUAUAUUUUAAUUCUUUUGCCAAA